UCACUGAAUUUCUAACCUAACAUUUUUAAACUUCAAGACCAAGUUAUGAAAGUUGGUUUAUAAAUAGGUUUAUUAUAGGGCUAGCCUAUUUUCGUUUUAAUUAUAGUAUUUUUAUUCAUGUAGUUACCACAAUCCUUACAAAGUAUACAUAGAUUGUAUGUAUAUUUUUCAGAUAAAUGAUUAAGAUUCUGUAAAAUAGCAAGACAAUGAAGAAAUCAAAACUACGAAGAGAUUACAUUGAGAGAAUUCGGAGAAGUAGAUCAUCCAGCUGCUCUUCUGAUGAAAGCAGUAGGCCGAGCAAACGGAGACGUGAACAUUCUAAAAGAAAAAAGUCACAUCAUCAUUCUUCUUCGAAGGAGCCUACUUCAUUUCAGCCAUCAAAGAAUGUUCAGAGAUCUAAGGACUUUUCUUUUGAAAAGUACAAAUACGAGUUGAACAGAGUGUUCUGUCGCGACUCAGACUUGAUACAAGAUGUAGACGACUUGUGGAUGUUUGUGAAGAAAUAUGAAAACAUGAGGACAAAAUCACUUGUUAGACGACCAGACCAAUCGUCGAGUAAUGGCCACAGCAGUAAUGAAAUCUUUGAUAAAACUCUAUUGAUUAAUUUAACAUUAACAACCAAAGUGGAAGAAUUGGAAGGUAGGCUACCCCCUCAUGAUGAGGAUUAUGAUGAUGCACCACUGACAAGAACAGACCUUUUGGAAUUUCGAUCAAUUCUUCUUGCCUACCUCGACUUCAAGCAGAAGGAAAAAUUUAUUAAACUCAGGAAGUUAAGAGAGGCUCAAGCUAACCUUCCUGUCUCAAACCAUAGGGACGAGAUAUUGGAGGCUGUGAAGAGAGAGAAUGUUAUCAUUAUUGCUGGAGACACAGGGUGUGGCAAGUCAACACAAGUUCCUCAGUACCUCAUGAAAGCUGGGUACAACCGCAUCGCAUGCACACAACCACGAAGAAUUGCCUGUAUUUCACUGUCAAAACGAGUUGCCUUUGAAACGCUCAGCGAGUACAAGAACGAAGUUGGCUACCAAAUACGUUUUGAAAAGAACAGAAAUCAGCAGACAAAAAUUGUUUUCAUAACGGAAGGUUUACUUCUCAGACAGGCAGCAGGUGAGGGGCAGCUAGCAGACUACGAUGUGAUCGUACUAGAUGAGGUUCACGAACGCCACCUCCACGGUGACUUCCUGUUGGGGGUCGUAAAGUGUUUACUCCAUCAGAGAACGGACGUCAAGGUCAUCCUCAUGUCUGCCACCAUCAACAUCCAACUGUUCAGCGAGUACUUUGGCAGUGACACUUGUGUCAUUCAGGUGCCAGGAAGACUUCACCCUAUCAAGUUACACUAUCGGCCAAUCGUUGUGGAGGAACGAGCUUCAAAGAGCGAGAGGCUGAACCCUGCGCCAUACGUCCAGAUUAUGCACCUCAUUGAUGAGAAAUAUCCAAAGGAUGAGCGAGGUGACCUUUUGAUCUUCUUGUCUGGAAUGAGUGAGAUCACAGCUGUCGUAGAUGCAGCAAAGCAGUACAAUGAGAAGACCCAAGGCUGGAUCAUCCUACCACUACACAGCACCCUCUCCAUCGCGGACCAGGACAAGGUGUUCGACUACCCGCCGGAGGGAGUACGGAAGUGUAUCGUGUCCACCAACAUCGCAGAGACAUCAGUAACCAUCGACGGGAUCAGGUUUGUCGUGGACUCGGGCAAGGUGAAGGAGAUGAGUUACGAUCCAGUCUGCAAGAUGCAACGGCUGAAAGAAUUCUGGAUUAGUCGGGCCAGUGCAGAGCAACGAAAAGGAAGAGCAGGAAGAACAGGGCCGGGAGUCUGCUAUCGUCUGUACUCAGAGGAGGAAUACUCUGCUAUGUCCCCGUACACAACUCCGGAGAUACAGCGAGUCCCCCUGGACAGCUUGCUACUGCAGAUGAUCUCCAUGGGGCUGCCGGAUGCCCGAAAAUUCCCAUUCAUCGAGCCCCCACCGGCCGACACAAUAGAGACUGCCAUACUUGCACUGAAACAGCAUGGAGCCCUGACGGGAGACGAGAGGCUGACCACGGUGGGCCGGAUGUUAUCCCGACUCCCGGUAGAUCUACCAUUGGGCAAGAUGCUUAUCAUGGGUUCACUGUUCCAUCAGGUGGAGCCGGUAUUGUCCCUCGCUGCAGCAUUGUCCGUGCAGACACCCUUCACCAACCGGGCGUACCGGGACGCCGACUGUCAGGCAGCUCGCAAGCAGCUGGAGUCCGACCAUGGUGAUCCAAUUACACUGCUCAAUGCGUUCCGAGAGUGGUUGGAGGCAAAGCGGGGGGAGCGGGGAGCCUCGCGGCAGUGGUGUCGGCGGCGAGGCCUGGAGGAGCAGCGGUUCUACGAAAUGACAAAACUGAGGGCCCAGUUCAAGGAGCUGCUUCAGGACUGUGGCUUGCUAAAAGCCAGUGAGCGACCAAGUGCCAGUCUGAGCAGUGCCGAGCGAUCUCUGCGACACGGAGAGGUGAAGCUGCUCAAGUCUAUGAAACGCUCGCUGCAGGAGGAAGCCCCGAGGAGGAGGAGGACACUGAAGCCUGACACCUGGACAUUGGCUGAGGAUGAGGAGGACAAGUCCACUGUGGACAUACGUGACAUAGACUUCCGUCUGAGUAACGACAGCUCACAACUGCAGAAUCUUUUAGCAGGAUCCAGCGCGUGUAGUUAUAAGGACCUGGCAAUGCUGAAGUUGAUCCUGACCAGUGGUCUCUAUCCCCAACUAGCUGUACCAGACGAGUUUAACCAUUGUAAGACUGUUAGCGAGCAACUGUUCCAUUCUGAGUCGAAGCCGUUUGUAUCUCUCCACCCGAUGAGUUUCUUCGGUAACAACUCGUCAGUGUUACAACUGGAUGACGCAGACAUAGUCCCUGGUCCGGGGAAGCACCCGCUGAGUCACAAGCACCAGCUGUUGUGUUACAUGUCUCUGCUGGAGACAACCAAGGCCUACUUGGUAAACACUCUCAGAAUGCCGGCUGCCCAGACUUUGCUAAUAUUCUGCCACGAGCUUCACACCAACAUUGAUCUCACCAGAAUAGUUUGUGAUUCGUGGUUGGAGUUGAAGUUCCCCGUGGCUGAGACGGCACAGACGCUUGUUCGUAAAGUAGUCCAAGCGCGCUCACAGUGGGAGAAACUGCUGCAACUCAGAUUUGAAGAUGGAGACUGCGAUGCUGUGGAGCGGAGUCUGACCCAGCAGUUGGUAGAACUGAUGAACAGCCAGAUCCUGUACUCAUUGAAGAGACUACUGGCAGCCGAUCUCAAGUUGCUGUACGUGGGUCCAGGGUACAACAUGGCCGAGGGUGUCAACCCUCUCUGUCCUGACCAGGAAGUUACUGUCAAUGAAAAACUGGGUGGUGUCCACCUAGCACCAUAUUUGACUUACAACUGUUUAAUUGAUGAUUUCCUUCUGGAAACUUGGACUUGUGAAUCUUGUGGACUAGUGGCAGCACUGAAUUUCUUGGAGAAACACCAGCAUUUGCAAGGCUGCCAACCUUCCAGUGUUAACAAAGAGAGCAAAGAAGAAGAAGAGUCUUGUGCACCUAAACCGAACAGCAUGGCCUAUGAUUGUCCAGAUUGUUGUAAAACUCUAUAUUUAACAUCUAUUGAAAUAUUAAAACACAAACGAUCUCAUUCAUGUUGAGAAGUGUUCUAAAACUGAAUACCUUCAUCGUGAUAACUCUUUAACUAUUGUAAAUAUGUAAAAUAUAUUUAUCUCUGUCAGUAUUUUAUAAAAUAUAAUUUUUUAAGAAAGA